AUAAAACCUACACUCUACUCCACAUUUCUUCAAAGCAAAACCUUCAACCAUCAUUAUACCCUCACAACGAUGGGAUACAUCUCGAGUUAUGUCGGCUCUGGCAUCGGCUUCGUGUCGGAAGCCAUUCAUGCCUCACGCGAUCACUCACGCAGCAAGUCCGAGUCCAAGCAGAGCACCAUGUCCCCGAGCGGCGAGUAUGCCAUGGGCAAUGAAGUCGCCUACAAUUACGUCCACCAGCCAUCCGACGAGCUCCCGGCAUUUAAUGAUGACAUGGCUGUCUACCAGGGGCACCAGCGGGCUGACGAGUUCCCUCUCUAUUACAAUACCCAGGCUGGAUACCCAGAGCAAAACACCCAAACCACACCCCCAGCCUACAAUAACCAGACCACAUACCCAGCCGCGUACGCAAGGAAUGAGUGCGACAAGUACAGCGUGUCCAACUACUCACUUGACCCCCGGUACGAGCACGAUGAGGCCGCAUGGGAGCUGGACGAGAUGGGGGAGGAACUCCCCCGGAGACAGAAGAGGCCCAGGAGGCCCAGGAGGCCCAAGAUAAGGAUAACGUACGGGCGCUGGUGCGCCGGGCAGGGCCUGUCCCGGCGGACUGGCGGCUUCCAUGCCCUGUGAUUAUCCCCCAGCGCCGGCCGCGCGCCCGGGGACGCGGGUUUGUGCACGCCUAUGCCCCCUUAUUAGCCAACGCAGGGCUCAACCAGGAUGUGUUUCUGCAGUUCCUUGACGACUUUUACCACGCCAGCCAGUCGUCCAUGUGGAUCGAUGUUGUGUGGGUGGCCGGUGGCAUUGUGGGCAAUAUCCCCGGCACGAUCCCAGCCAUUGUAAGUCUGGUCGUUCAGACCGUGGCGGGCACUGCGCGCGAGUGUCAGUCUCGGUAUCGGGGCAACAAGUACCUGGACCGGGUCAACAGAGAGUUGUUCCUGCCGCGGGGCCUGUACGCGAUGGUGAUGGGGAUCAAGGAUGAAUUCCCCAGCCAGCCCCAGGGGGAAGAGACCCAACCGCUGUUCACCACAGAGGCAGUGAACAUCAACCAGCCCGGCGAGGUCAAGCCGGGGGCCGACUUUGCCCCUAUCAUCUCCAAGUAUACGCACACGGAGCAGCACCCAGUCAUGACGCCGUUCAAACAACGGCUCACAAACUUGCGGAUCAAGAGCGGCACAACACACGGCGAUUUCGCGCUCCCAGAAGCCGCGCCCUUGGUGUAUCCGCAUCUGGACCAGGCAGUGGCAGAGGGCACUCUUGCGAAGAUGAAGAGCGCAGGCAGGUGGGUGGAGGAUUACAUGGAUCGCAAAGCACAAGUUGAAUAUGAACACGAAAACCCCGGAUCUGCACUGGUCACACCCGCAUCAGAGCGCAAGGCGCUUGUCUCACGCUUCAAUGACCCAACCCACAAGGCCAACACCGGCUCAAUCACGGCUGUGCUGACUGGCGGCCAUUUCGGACAGACGAACCUCAUUGAUCGCAUCCGACGCCUGCAGAACCCGAGACGGAUUGCGCGCGGCGAACCGCCCGUCGAGCCGAUCAAGGAGAAGUGGAAGCAGUACAAGCAAAGGAAGCGCAUCAAGACGCUUCGGCCGUCUAAGCUGCUCAGGCAGGACGUCAUGUAUCUGAUUAUUGUUAACAUGCCGAGCGACGAAGAGCUGGAACAGGCCGUUUCCGAGCUGGAACUGCUUAUGGAGAUGGGGCAGAAGCCCACCACUGGACAUACUGGUUGAGUGGAUUGAAUGGAAAGUUAUGAGUUGAUGAUAGCUAUGGAACAUAGAUAAUUAAUGGUUUAGAAUGCAGGUUUUUAGAUCAUUGAUGUGGUCGUUUUCUAUCUAUCUGAGUUGCUUUCCAUCUAUAGC